AUGUAUGUAGGAGAUUUGAAGGAGGAGUACAAGGUUUCGUGUGAAGGGUCCAGCAUUAUAGUUGAAGAUGGACAUCCGAACGCAAUGGAAAAGCUAGGCAAAAAGUGUUGUCAAGUGCUUGUCGAAGCCACUCCACGCAUUCUCCGGACAGAGCGCUGGAUAUCGCAGAAGAAGUCAAUCAUUGCUCACGAUCACCAAUGA